CUUUAUCAAUACACAAAUAUUUUUUAUCGUUUGCCAUUCGCGUAGUUUGUGUUUUUACAGUUUUUUUUUCGAACGCCGUCGUUUAAAGGGAUGGUGUUUGUUUUAUAUUAUCACUCUUAUUAAGCAUUUUAUUAGAGGACAAUAUUAAUUUGUUUGCUUUCAUAUACGAGCGCGAAACGAGAUUUUCAAGUGGCACACGCCACACACCAAUCGUUAUGGAGCCUGGAAAUAUGACAAAUGAAAAUCAAGACGAAACUACAAAUUGGAAAGGCACUGAUAAAAGUAUGCUGCCCAGGAGCUUUAGUAAAAGACUAUUUCCAUCACUUAUACGUAGUGUACAACAUACAGUAUUAUUUAAAACUCCAAUUGAUCCUAAUAAUAUGCCAGAACCAUAUCCAAAAGAUUAUCGUGAUGGCUGGGAUAUGAAUCAUGUGAAAAUGCCGUGUUCUAGACAUAAUUUACUUAUUGAUAAUGAUAAUAAUUCUAAGAAAAAUCGCUGGGAUAUUAUUAAAGAUAGUUUUAAGAAACCAAUAUUGUCUAGUCAAGAAUUAGAAAAAGCUAUAUUAUCAUAUAAUCUCAAAUAUAAAGACAAAUGGAGAUUUCAUUUACUACACUCAUUUUUUGAUGAAUAUUUAUGUGAAGAAGAAACGGAAUUAUUUUUCAAUAAUUUAUUGCCAAAAAUUAUCAAAUUAGCAUUGCAAUUACCUACAUUGGUAACUAGUCCAAUACCCUUGUUGAAACAAAACCACAGUCACUCAAUAUCAUUCAGUCAAAUGCAAAUUGCUUGUUUGCUGGCUAAUGCUUUCUUAUGUACAUUUCCUCAUAGAAAUGUCAGCAGUUGGCAGUCUGAAUAUUCUUCUUAUCCACAAAUAAAUUUUAAUGGACUGUUCCAGUUAAGAGUUACUUCUUCUGAUAAUAAUUAUUUAUAUGAGAAGUUGAAAUGUGUUAUCUGUUAUUUUAAAAGAGUCACUAGUGCUAAUUCUGCUCUGAAUGGUAUAGUCACUUAUUCUAGAAGAUAUUUAUCAGAUAGUGAAUUGCCAUUUUGGUUAAAAUCGACAAAUAAGUUAACAAAUUUGUACAUAACAUCUGAUGGAACCAUAGAGAAUGAUGGUGAUGGGAUGCUUCAAAUAGAUUUUGCAAAUAAAUUUAUCGGAGGAGGAGUUCUUGGUCACGGUAGUGUGCAAGAAGAAAUACGUUUCUUAAUCUGUCCUGAAUUAUUAGUGUCUCAGUUGUUUUCAGAGCAGAUGCAACCAACUGAAGCAAUUGUAAUAACAGGUGUGGAAAGGUUCAGUAAUUAUAGUGGAUAUGCCGAUUCUUUCGAGUGGGAUGGCGUUCAUGUAGAUAUCACACCAACUGAUGAAAAUAAUCGCCGCUACUGUACUGUUGUGGCCAUUGAUGCAAUUUUCUAUAGAGAUCCUUUAACUCAAUUUCUUCCAAAAAAUCUUAGACGAGAACUUAACAAAGCUUUUGUAGGGUUUUCUUGGGGACAUGGUUCGGAUUGUUCCAAUGUUUCAAUAGCAACAGGAAACUGGGGUUGUGGUGCUUUUCAAGGUGAUUGUCAUUUGAAAUCAUUGUUGCAAUUGUUGAGUGCUGCACAAGCCAAACGAGAUGUUGCUUACUUUACAUUCGGUGAUACCAAGCUACGAGAAUCAAUUAAUGAUAUGCAUACAUUUUUGAAAAAGCAAAAUAUGACAGUUGGUGAAAUUUGUAAGAUACUCAUUAAAUAUAAUACAUAUUUGUCAACUCAUCCCAGCACGGGAUUGUAUGAUUUUAUAUAUGAUGUCGUUAUUAAUAAUGACGCGCAGAAAUGUCUGAAUGACAAAAUACCUAUCAAGGCUAAUAUUCCUGUUGAAUCAGUUACUUUUGAAGAUAUGCCUAAUUCAAGUCCAACCAUAAUAGAAUCAACCCCAGAAAAACUUGAUGUUGAAUCAAAAUUAAGUAGUAUUGAUUGUGUGGACACUUCUGAUAAUGUUGACAAAGAUGAGACUCCUGAAGUUAGGUUUUUACCUGUAAACCAAUUUCGAUUAAAGAACGAUGAAGAACGAACAAUGUGCAUUAAACAGCAGAAAAACAGUUGGCUACAAUUGAAUGAUUCCAAAAAAGAUUUUCAGGCUGUUAUUGAAAAACCAUCAGUUACAGGACCAUUGAGUACUCUUAAAAGAGACAGAAAAGAACAUGAUGAAAAGAAAAGAGUGAAACGUAAAAUAUCUGAUUACUUUUCGCCAAAAAGUUAAUUUUUUGUUACCAAUUUUAUUUACAUUUAAAUUUUAUUAUUU